UUGUUCAUCCGUCAGUGAGCCUCGUCGUCGCAUUAGCAGCGAUGGCUACCACUGCAGCUAAACAAGCGCCUAAAAUUGUCCCCAAAACGUCUACGGGAGGCACCGCGGCGGCGGGAGCUAGCGGUGGGCCCCCAGUAAUGCCUCUUGCCUCUCCGCUUAUGGGGAAAAAGAAGAAGCCGUUUCUGGGGAUGCCCGCUCCGCUGGGCUACGUUCCCGGUCUGGGCAGAGGUGCUACUGGGUUCACCACCCGGUCUGAUAUUGGUCCUGCUCGUGAUGCUAAUGAUCCAGUGGAUGAUCGACACGCACCCCCUGGAAAAAGGACAGUUGGGGACCAAAUGAAAAAAAAUCAAGAUGAUGAUGAUGAAGAUCUGAAUGACACCAACUAUGAUGAGUUCAAUGGUUAUGCAGGUAGCUUGUUCUCCAGUGGACCUUAUGAGAAAGAUGAUGAAGAAGCAGAUGCUAUAUAUGCAGCACUAGACAAAAGGAUGGAUGAAAGACGCAAAGAAAGAAGGGAGCUGAGAGAAAAGGAAGAAAUUGAGAAAUAUCGUAUGGAGCGACCCAAAAUCCAGCAACAGUUUUCAGAUCUGAAGAGGAAGUUGGCAGAGGUGUCAGAGGAGGAGUGGCUUAGCAUCCCUGAAGUUGGAGAUGCUAGGAACAAACGGCAGAGGAAUCCCCGCUAUGAGAAACUCACCCCUGUCCCUGAUAGCUUCUUUUCCAAACACCUGCAGAGUGGAGAGAACCACACCACUGUCGACCCUUUGCAAGGGCUGGGAGGCCUGAACACACCUUACCCAGGAAGCAUGACCCCUGGUCUGAUGACGCCAGGAACAGGAGAACUGGAUAUGAGGAAAAUUGGUCAGGCCAGAAACACACUGAUGGAUAUGAGACUCAGUCAGGUGUCUGACUCGGUAAGCGGGCAGACAGUUGUUGAUCCAAAGGGUUACCUCACAGAUCUUAACUCCAUGAUCCCCACAUAUGGAGGGGACAUCAGUGACAUCAAGAAGGCUCGUCUGCUGCUGAAAUCGGUGAGGGAGACCAAUCCUCACCAUCCACCUGCCUGGAUUGCUUCUGCAAGGCUGGAGGAAGUGACUGGAAAACUGCAGGUGGCCAGAAACCUGAUCAUGAAGGGCACAGAGAUGUGUCCUAAGAGUGAAGACGUGUGGCUGGAGGCAGCCAGGCUUCAACCAGGUGACACCGCUAAAGCUGUGGUUGCCCAGGCUGUUCGUCACCUGCCGCAGUCCGUCCGCAUCUACAUCAGAGCUGCCGAGCUGGAGACAGAUGUCAGAGCUAAGAAACGUGUCCUCAGAAAGGCCUUGGAAAAUGUGUCUAAGUCAGUUCGACUGUGGAAGACAGCUGUUGAGCUGGAAGAACCAGAGGAUGCCAGGAUCAUGCUUAGCAGAGCUGUGGAGUGUUGUCCUACAAGUGUGGAGCUGUGGCUGGCACUAGCCCGUUUGGAAACAUAUGAAAAUGCCCGUCGCGUCUUGAACAAAGCUCGAGAGAAUAUCCCAACCGAUCGGCACAUCUGGAUCACUGCUGCUAAGUUGGAGGAGGCCAAUGGCAACACUCAGAUGGUGGACAAGAUCAUUGACAGAGCCAUUACUUCUCUGCGGGCCAACGGUGUGGAGAUCAACAGAGAACAGUGGAUACAGGAUGCAGAAGAGUGCGACAAAGCAGGCAGUGUGGCUACCUGUCAGGCUGUGAUAAGGGCCGUCAUUGGGAUCGGCAUAGAGGAGGAGGACCGCAAACACACCUGGAUGGAAGACUCAGAGAGUUGUGUGGCCCAUGGAGCGCUGGAGUGUGCCAGGGCCAUCUAUGCCCAUUCCCUGCAGGUGUUUCCCAGUAAGAAAAGUGUCUGGCUCAGAGCAGCCUACUUUGAGAAGAAUCAUGGCACCAGAGAGUCUUUGGAGGCCCUCCUACAGAGAGCAGUGGCUCAUUGUCCCAAAGCAGAGGUCCUCUGGCUAAUGGGGGCCAAGUCCAAGUGGCUGGCUGAGGAUGUGCCAGCAGCUCGAAGUAUCCUCGCUCUGGCCUUCCAGGCUAACCCCAACAGUGAAGAGAUCUGGCUUGCUGCUGUCAAACUGGAGUCUGAAAAUAACGAGUAUGAAAGAGCCCGUCGACUGCUGGCCAAGGCUCGCAGCAGUGCACCAACAGCCAGGGUAUUUAUGAAAUCGGUGAAGCUGGAGUGGGUGUUAGAAAAGAUAGAUGAUGCCCAGGAGCUGUGCACCGAGGCCCUGAAACACUACGAAGACUUCCCGAAGCUUUGGAUGAUGCGAGGCCAGAUUGAGGAGCAGUGUGAAAAUAUGGACAAGGCCAGAGAGGCCUAUAACCAAGGGUUAAAAAAAUGUCCCCAGUCGGUACCUCUGUGGUUACUGCUGUCUCGUCUGGAAGAGAGAGUUGGACAGCUGACCAGAGCCAGAGCAAUCCUGGAGAAAGCCCGACUCAAGAACCCGCAGAGCCCUGAGCUCUGGUUGGAGUCUGUCAGACUGGAGUACCGGGCUGGGCUGAAGAACAUAGCUAACACUCUAAUGGCCAAAGCCCUGCAGGAGUGCCCAAAUUCAGGCAUCUUGUGGGCUGAGGCCGUGUUCCUGGAAGCCAGGCCGCAGAGGAAGACUAAGAGUGUGGAUGCGUUGAAGAAAUGUGAACAUGAUCCUCAUGUCCUACUUGCUGUAGCAAAGUUGUUUUGGAGCGAGCGUAAAAUCACCAAAGCCAGAGAGUGGUUCCUCAGAACAGUCAAGAUUGAGCCAGACCUGGGAGACGCUUGGGCUCUCUUUUACAAGUUUGAGUUGCAGCAUGGUACACAGGAACAGCAGGAAGAGGUGCUAAAGCGCUGUGAGAAUGCAGAGCCCCGCCAUGGAGAGCUUUGGUGCGCUGAGUCCAAACACGUCCUGAACUGGCAGAAAAAGACAGGAGAGAUCUUGAUGCAGGUAGCCAGCAAGAUCAAGAACACUUUUUGAAACUUGGACUGAAAACACAUGGAAGACCCUGGGAUUCACCAGUCGAACAGGAAAACGGCUGUGGACGUGCUUGUUGUUCAGCGGGACUUGGCCAUCUCAAACACACACACUUAGUUUUUGAUGUUAUCCUACUUUUUCAGAUUUGCAUCUUUUUUUUGUUCUUACAAGCAGAAAAUAAUGAUUUAAUAUCAGUGUAAAAAGCAGAAUAAAUCUGACAGAAAUGACCAUUUAGAGCUUUUGUGCAUAGGUUUGUGAGUUUUUCUUAAAGGUUUCCUGUCAAGUCUCAUGUAGGCUGUUGACCCUCUAGAUGAAGCAAAGUCUUGGUUCUGGAAAUUGAAACCAUGUUAUUGUCGGUUUCUCUACUUUUAAAAUAUUUGUCCUGUGAAGUAAACCUCCUCCUAGCUGCAGGAAGGUGUCUUCUGUCAAUUUUUUUUAGAUUUUUUUCCUGCAAUCAUUUCAUGUGUUCCCUUCAAAAGUCUUCAGAGUUCUACUUCUUAGUAUGAUGCUGCCAUGCCCAGCAGCAUGCUUAAGAUAAAGAUUUUCUCUAUUAAUGAGCUUUGCUGAGCUUAUACCAGAAACUUUUAACAGUGUUACCCCAAGUAUUUUCCCCUGUCUCCAGUUUGUGUCAAUCUGCAUGCUCCUGACAUUUCUCUUUGAAAUUUUGCAGUAGGAAGAAGCAUCUAUGAUCAUACUAACCCUCUGCAUCAUUAAAGAGAAAAACACACCCACCUAAUGCAGUAAACUUAAAAGAACAGCAAAAAAAAAAAAAAAAACCAGUUUUAAUUUGACAUCACCUUUGUAUUUACUGAUUUCAGUCU